AACCUCGCUUAUCGCCUGAUAGGUACGCAAGAAGGAAAGAAAGAACGAAAAGAAAAAGGCCGCGGGCCGCCUUGUUCCUCUGCGCGUCAGGAGAAGCCGCGCGGAACCUGCUCGAAGGAAUGCUAAUAUGACGAGCUCCGGUCUGGCAAGUGUUAUCCACCUCGGAGCUUUUCCUCUCGGUAGAAACAGCCGCUGGCUGCUCCCCCGCUGCAAAAGAUGUCUCAAUUCGUUUCCUGCCACGAGGAGCGCCCAAGAACCUUAGAUCACGUGGAAUGUUGGAAUGUGCACAAAAGACUACAAAUUUUCGCUAGAAGCUAAGUUCCAGAGUCUUGCAAAGAAAAGAAUGGCUAAAGCUCAAGACAAAUGAACAAUUAUUGGUGGUGGUGGGUGGUGGUGCAGCUGGUAUUUAUGCUUCAAUAAGAGCAAAAAGCAAAGCAGCUCAUCUAAAUGUGAUGGUCAUUGAGAAGGGGAAGCUUUUAUCGAAGGUUAAAAUUUCUGGUGGAGGUCGAUGCAAUGUGACAAAUGGGCAUUUUGUUGACUCAAUGAGAUUGACAGAAAAUUAUCCUAGGGGAAACAAAGAACUGCGGGGGUCUUUCUUUAAUAUCCAUGGUCCACAGGAUACCAUGUGCUGGUUCUCUGAUCAUGGGGUCCAGCUUAAGACGGAAGAGGAUGGAAGGGUUUUUCCUGUUAGCAAUACCUCAGCCUCUAUUGUGGACUGCCUUCUUAGUGAAGCAAAUAGGAGUGGAGUUUCACUGCAGACAGGAAAAGUGGUUUCAGGCGCAUCCAUUGUUGACAAUGAGAGGUUCCUUUUGAAGGUUGAGAAACGUACAGUUGAUUUUGUUGAAUAUAUUGAGGCCGAUUACGUAUUAGUUGCCACUGGGAGCAGCAGGCAGGGUUACACAAUUGCUGGCCAGCUUGGUCACUCCAUUGUAGAUCCAGUGCCCAGCUUAUUCACAUUCAAAAUUGAGGAUAGACAACUGGCAAGUUUGUCUGGGGUUACAUUUCCAAGAGUUAAAGCAAAGUUAAAAUUAGAAAAAUCCCACAAAAGUAUACCUGAAUUUACCCAGGUUGGGCCUGUGUUAGUGACUCAUUGGGGUCUUAGCGGGCCUGUGAUUCUUCGGUUAUCUGCUUGGGCAGCACGAGAACUGUUCCUUUCCAAUUACACAGGAAUGCUUUUUGUAGACUUUACACCUGAUAUUCAUAUAGAUGAUCUGAAGCGUAUCCUCUUUCAACACAAGGCUCAGCUUGCGAAGCAUAAGGCAAGCAAUUCAUUUCCUUCACAAUUCGGCUUGGUGAAAAGAUUCUGGAGAUAUUUACUGGAACGCGAGGGUUUAGAUGGUGAUAUAUUAUGGGCUUUCAUAUCAAAUAACCACUUAAAUUCACUAGCUCUUCUGCUAAAGCAAUGCCCAUUUAAGGUUGUUGGAAAGGGUCAUUUUAAAGAUGAAUUUGUCACUGCUGGCGGUGUUCCACUUUCAGAGAUAUCACUUGACACCAUGGAGAGCAAGAUAAGGCCAAAUCUUUUCUUUGCAGGAGAGGUACUAAAUGUUGAUGGAAUUACUGGUGGAUUCAACUUUCAGAAUUCCUGGACUGGUGGAUACAUUGCUGGGACAAACAUUGGUGAACGAGCUUCAAGUUAUCUUCUGAGAAAGAAAGCGUUGUGAUCAAAACUUGACUCAAGCUGAUACAAAAAAGCUACUUCAGAUAAUUGACAUACAUUAACCAAGUCAAAGGACACCAACACGGGGUGCUUGUAUCUGUGAAGACAAAAGAAAAGGCCCAUGGGACCUUUUUCUCAUUGUUGCUCGUCCAUGAAAUCAAAGAAGCAUCUAAUUCCAAGUGAUGGAUGGUUUUCUAACAGAAAUAGCGUGCGUACCUGAGUGUCAUCAUCAUCUCAAACAUAUGUCAGCUUAUGGAGUGGAUAAUGAUUUUAUCUGGACCAAAUCAUUGUGAAGGUUCGCUGGAGUGACAAUCUUUUUGCAAGUGCUGUAGACCAUGAGUUUCAUGGCAGCAACCCUUGGGAAAUUUGGAUGAAUUGAGCUUGAUGCUUUUGUGGAUGAAGUUAGUUUGGAGCUGCAAACAAUUUGUUUCUGGUUGCCUGUUUUGAUUGGUAAUUGCAGCUUCGUGAAGCUAAUUAGUUCAUGCAUCUUCGAAAGACUCUUCUUUUCGAGGAAAGACUAAAUUUUUUAAAGACUAUAUGGAGAUUUAAUAUGCUUGCACUGAGUUACUGGAGUGUCAACUCCUCAUACAGUUUUUUAGAUUUUACAUCUCAUUAAGGAACUUUGUGUUAAUUUUUCUAGUAAA